AUGCACGCUGCAUGGACUGCGGCCUCGGACCAGAGAGGUCGGCGGCAGUCGGCCGAUGUGUCGAGCGAACAGCAGCCUGGCCAGAAGGCCAUCGAGGCUCUGCGCAACUGGCAACCCUCGGUCCGCGGCGGCACACCGGCUUCGGGUAAUACGGCCACCGAGCUGGCGACCAGUGGACACCAUGUGGUGUGCGCGCUAGUCGCCUGCCUCGGGUCUUGCGCAGCCGGCACCACACUGGGCUACGCGUCGGCGGCCAUGCCUUCCAUCGAACACGAGACUUGGUACGAUCUGCGUCACAACACGGCUGACAGCCGCUGGUUCGCCGACAUCCUGCUGCUAGUGGCGGCACCCGCAGCACUCGCAGCAGGCUUCCUGCUGGAAAGAGUGGGUAACCGUCUGAUGCUGCUGCUGUCCACUUUCGGCCUGCUGGGUAGCUGGUUGAGUCUGCUCUUCUCCACCAGCACGUCGGCGAUUUUCGUGGCGCGCCUCAUGGCCGGCGUCUUUCUGGGCGCCAUCUCCAGCUCAGCUGGCGUUCACGUUGCCGAGAUUUGCCCCAGCGAACGCCGAGCAUUCUUCCUCGGAUUUGUCGAGGUGACCAGAAGUGCUGGGAUACUGCUAGCCUACGUGCUGGGCCAAUUCUUCACGUGGGAGAUACAGGCCGGCUUCUGCAUGGUGCCGCCCCUGGUGCUCAUGUGCAUGCAGCGCUACGUCCUGGACAGCCCCCAGUGGCUGAUGCGGCGCGGAAAAAAGGCCGAAGCCCUGGCCGCGUUGUCACGACUUUAUGGUCUCGAUGUUCCCGUGGAGUUCAGGAUACGAUCGGCUGAUGAGAUGGCCAAAACCAACUCCAACGCCACACCAAUCAAGUGCGCAAAGUGUAUGGCCUUGGCGUUACUCGUGCAACUUCUUCCCGAGUUGUCCGGCGUUCGCCUUCUCCUGAUGCGCGGCGAGCAGGUGAUGUUGUCGCUGAUGGCCGAGACGGAACCAUGGGACGCCGUGGGCAUGCUGCUGGUCGCUGGCCACGUCGCGCUGUCCGGCAUGUUCGCCUCUCUUACAAGAAUAGCCGGACGGCGACACCUUCUGUUCCUGUCCGCGUUCAUCACAGCAGUCUGCGUGGUCGUCCUCAGCCCACUCCAGCACAUCGUAUUCAGCCACUGGACAGUGGAGGAUCGGCCCAGGCUCACCGACUGGAACGGCAUCUACGCCGUCGGCCUGCUGCUGGCCAGCUACUCUCUAGGUCUGGGUCACGUGCCCGCGCUACUGUCGACCGAGCUGCUUCCGGGUCGCGUGCGCUGCAUUGGAGCGGCGAGCUCGUGGGCCGGCCGCUGGUCCCUCGCCUUCCUCUUGGUGCACGAGGACGCCUGGCUCAGUGCGGUGGCGACGAGUAGCCAAGGACUCGUACCUGGCCUCAUCCUAGUGGCCGGAGCCAUGUUGGCUGCGCUUGUAACGCCGGAAACCCAAGGCCGGACACUUCUGGCCAUCGAGGGUGGCGUAUGGCGAUGA